UGUUCGACAAAGAAAGAUCUUCCGUCGAAGCCUUGGUGACGGUCCAGUAGUAGCAUGCGUCACCACUGCUUCGGGUCAAUACAGUUAGGUUUGCGGCGAUCGCCACAUAUAUAUACGUCGAGGCCGAAAGUUCACCAUGCGGCAUUGCCUGCCACGAAGCACCGAUGGCCGGUAGUAGUGCACGGCGUGCCUCCCGGGGCCUCCGAGGGUGUGCCGGGCGGCGGACUCGGACUGUCAAGGCCCUGAUCACAGUCUCCGUUCUCGGGGUCUUCCUCUACCACACGAGAUUGAAUCUGCAGCAGUACCUGGAGGGGAAUACUGUUUUUGUUGCUUCUGAGGAAACUUAUCCACCUCCAAUGUUUCCUCCAUUCAGAUUUUGCGUAUGGCCAACUUGGAACCCCUUGCGUCUCCUCUCUCUGGGACUCAACAUCUCCAAUCUGACAUUUACUGAGAUACAAGAAAAUUUCUUUAAGUUAACUGGAUUUGAUGAACAUAUGACAGGGCGGCAGCUUGUGGAGAGCGCGGCUUGGAGCGUCGAAGACCUAAUGGAGGAGGUGAGAGUCGGAAACAUCCACGAAGUAUAUGAUCCCUCAAGUCCCGGCACCUCCCAACUGUGGCGCCGCUCCUUCACGCCCCUGGGCCCCUGCCUCACCUUCAUACCCCCACCGUACGCCAGUCUGCACGCCCAGAAUCUCUCCUUGAAGUUCCGCGAGAAAGUGGCAGGCCUCGAACCAUGUAGUUGGACAGAAAAGGGACGCGUUAGGCAGUACAGAAGCUCUGAAGACUGCCCGGCCGCAAGGCACUACUGCAACACCUCCUGCGAGUGGCAAGAUUUUAUGGUGGACUUUUACACUUUAUUGUUUAUUCAUUUGCUGUCCACAUCAGAUGACUAUUGGAUGAACGAGUUAAAAACUGCAUUACUUUUAAGUAAGCCUCAGAGCAUUGUUGUAGAGCCGUUCAAAGUCCUUCAUCUCAAGGAAGACGGGCCAAUAGAUUUCGAGGCUUGUUAUCACGAAUGUGUCAUGGCUGAUGGCGUUAAGGAAGCAGGGUGCAACGCUCUAACGAAUGCGUCUUUAGACAAGCCAGUCUUCAGUCUCUGCGUCACUAGCACUCACCAGUGGCUACUUUCCAAAGACUUCGUCACUAUGACUCCAAAAAGUGAUAUCUGUCUCAACAAUUGCAAGUCCAACAGAAAAUUUCUCAGGUGGAAAUCCACACCAGAUAAUGUAACUGAUCCUGUUAAAAAUAUCAUGAGAGUUCGACUGUCAAAAUCUUCGACACUAAUCCUGAGUGAGACAGAGAUGUACCCUGUGAGCCAGUUUCUUACCGACACCGGCGGCGGUCUGGGCCUGUUCCUGGGCGUGUGUGCUCUCGACAUGUGGAACUUUCUCGUGAGAGUCGUGGUCAGUCGGGAGGUAGUGGCCAGGAGACCAGCGGCCCGCACGCUGGGACACCUCGGCCAGCUCGUUGGGGCGUUGGUCGUGUCAAUGGGGACGUGCGUCCACCUGCUCAUAAUGGGCAAGUCAUACCUGCAGCAACCUGUGACGCUGUCGGCAAGUCUGGGCGCGAGUGACGCCAGCCACGCAACGCCUUCUGUCACCCUCGAGUCCCUGCUGGUGGAGAGGAUGGCGAGCCGCGUCCUCGGGUGUCGGGCGUCAAGCACCCCCAAGCAGGACGAGUGUGUCAAGUGUGUCCUGCAGGGAGAGACGGGGCAGUCCCUCCCCUUCAUCAGCGUGGAUGACCUUCCCCGCUGCACAGCGGAGCACCUCACCUUCCCUCGCCUCGCAUUCACCGUGCCAAAGCUCCAUGUUGAGGGCAUCGCCAGGAAGGAAACAACCGCCUCGUGCUCAGCCUGUGAUCACCUCAAUGAUUCACGGCCGCCCGACUUCGUGCAGUAUUCGGUCGACGAAAACUCGCCCUACUCCCCGAACAGCAUGCUGUGUACUCUUGGGGGUCUGAUGGGUCUGUACCUAGGUCUGUCUCUGGUGAACGUUCAGGACUUGUUUCAGAGAACUCUGAGGAAGCGCCAUCGAGAUGCUGGUGGUCGGUGCCGUGGCGUGGCGCGGGUCGGCUUCACAGGCGGUGUUGUGGCGGUGGCCGUGGCGAUCUGCUUCCUGCAGCUGGGCACCUUCUUCGGAGCUCACCCGGUGUACAGCAGCACGUCCACACACAGCCUGCAGGAGGGUGUUCUACCAUCCAUCACCACCUGCGUGUGGCCGCCCUUCAACAUCCGGCGGCUUCUGGAGACAGCCGGGUUGGGCGCCGCCUUCGCCAACCUGUCCCUCAUAACGGACCCUGAGGCGAGAGACGCCGCCACUGCACUUCUGCUGCAAGACCUGCCGGAGACCUCAAACGUCACCGACCCCCAUAUCCUGUGGGACGCCAGUGCCUGGUCGGAUGAAGAGUUAUACGUUUCAGUGGAAGUGAUUCGAGUCUACAGAUCUUUACCGAGUCCCAGACAUCUUAUAAAGAGCACUAUUUUCAAUUUGUGUAGAAGGUUCACGCCUGAUGCGUUAUCUUUUAGCUCGUUAGUGAAAAUUGGUUACAUCAUUUAUCUUUCUCCUCUCGAGCACUUUCAAGAGUAUAAUAUUCUUCUAUCCUAUCUUCAUUACCCUGGUGAAGUUCCUCUCGUUGAACCCGUUGUAUUAACCGACACAUCAGCGAGAGUUGAUAUCUCUGCGGUGACGAAGUGGAGGACUUUUAAUGCGAAUGGGGUUGGGGACCGCGGAGCCUGUGUGUACCGUUGUCUGGAGGCCGCCGUGGCGACACAUCUCGGCUGCCGUUUGUCUUCUGUGGAUCAUCAUGAUUUCGACUCCUGUAACAUGACGGUGUUUGCAGAGUUCCUCAAAACUUUGUGGCGCCUAAGAACGCGACCACAAAGCAUCUAUCAGAACUUGAUUGGGCAAAAUCAGACUAGUUCAUGCCACGCGGCUUGUCGUCACGGAAGUCAAUCCUUUUUCAGAUUCAAGUACGGGUUAGCUAAUGAAGAAAGUGUUUUACCCGGACUCUCUGUUGGCUUAAUUAUUCCAUACUCCCGGGGCACGAUAAAUUACGAAUUCACAACCAGCGUCUUUGAGCGCAUGAGCACCCACGACGGCUACACCAGCACGGCACUGGUCAGUGACCUUGGCGGUGUUGUUGGCAUGACCCUAGGCGUCUCAAUUCUGUCUCUUCUCUUAAUCCUUGUCACCAAGAUGUCACAGUCUCGUCAGACGCUCACCAGGGUGUCUGGCGCCCUCCCACACUAACACACACAGGUUGCCGUGGUGUAAUGCGCGGCGGCGGUCACAGCAGUGACUCUGAUGCAGCGUUGUGCUAUUCCUCCUUACAGCUUACUUUGACUGAGACCUAAAUUGAGGGAUUUGGUCAUGAUAAGGAUGAUAAUGGUGUAAAAUUUAUCAAACUAUAACACAACGUACC